CACGGGUUCCAAGAAGAAAAAAAUCCCGACAGAGUAGUGUUUGUAGGAGAGAGAGACUCUGUUCUGUCGUCCAUUAUCUAAUCCAAAAUGACAACAACGGUGGUGCCGGUGGCAGCAGCUGCAACUUGGUUGAACCAUCCUCCAAACCAAGCAUUAACAUGGCGUCUCUCUGUAUUGCCCCGAAACGCUGCGUUUUUGUCCCACCACCAUCUCAUGAAGGAGAAGAAGAAAAAGCUAAUGUCUUGGUCAAUUGGUGCCCAGCCCUCACCUUUCGACCUCUCUCCUCCUCCCAUCGACCAUGACUUCCUGGGAUUUCACCGUUGCUGAUAAAACCCGGCGAAAAAGGUUUUUCAGCCUCGACCUAGCUUUGCCUCUCUUCUCGGCGAGUUUUUCUCUUCUGUUCGGCGACUCGUGCCUGUUUCUUCUCAGUCAUGGCAACGUCCUCGCAACAGGAAGGGUCUGCAUCAGCGUCUUCCCCUCAACAAGGGGAAGAUGAUGCAUGCAACGUGACAUGGAAGUAAUGCGGGCAAUUCGGAAUCUUCGAAGAGGGAAAGGACCUCAAGUGAGUUCUUUUUACAUGCUGGAAAUGAGAUGCAUGAACAUGACAUGGAAGAAUGUGGGCAAUUUGGAAUUUCCGAAGAGGAAAAAGACAUCUAACAUCAAGUGAGGUCUUUAUACCUGCGGGGAAUGAGUUUCUGGACCGUGACUUGGAAGAAAUGCGGGAAAUUUCGAAUCUCUGAAGAGGGAAAAGGAAUCUAACAACAGGUGAGGUCUCUUUACCUGCUGGGAAUGAGUUGCAACAUGAGACGGAAGAUAUGUUGGAAAUUUCGAAUCUCUAAAGAGGGACAAGGCCUCUAACCGCAGGUGAGGUCUCUUUACCUGCUGCGACCGAAAUGCCAAAGUUUGUAACCAAUGGUGCUUCUGACAGGAAAGCUAGAGCAAGAGUUGUUCAAUAUAUAGUACGAUUCUUGGUUACAAAUGGGAUUCCUUUUAAUGUUGUGAGAUCGGAAAGUUUCAAGUUGAUGAUUGAGGCUAUUGGAAAUUAUGGUCCUUACCUAAAGGUUCCAAGCUGCCAUGUGUUUAGAGGUCCAGUCCUUAAAAAGGAGUUGGAAUACACAAAGGGAUUGCUUAAGAGUCAUGAAGAAGAACGAGCAGUGUAUGGAUGUUCAGUUAUGUUAGAUGCAUUGACAGAUAGAAUGAAUAGAACCUUGAUUAAUUUUUUGGUUGAUUGUCCAAGGGGAUUAAUGUUUGUGAGGAGCGUUGAUGCUUCUAGGUGCAUGAAGACUGAGGUGACUCAGGUGUGACUAUUUGAGCUCUUGGAUAGUUUUGUUGAGGAUAUUGGAGAAAAAAAUGUGGUGCAAGUGAUCAUGAACAAUUGAAGUAAUUUCAUGUUAGCUUGUAAGAAUUAUUAUUAAUUAAUUUCACAAUUUUAAUUGUUAAUUGUUAGUUUGUUACUCAUUUUAAGUUUAUUUAUUUUGGUCUUGGGGAAAAUUUAGAAAUCAAGAGGGAGCAUUUUGUUUUGGACUCCAUGUGCUUCCCAUUGCGUAGACUUGAUGCUAAAGGACAUUGGGAAGAUGGCUGAAGUUAAAAAGGCAAUACAAAGAGGCAUCUAUCUUGUUAGUUUUACCUACGAUCACGCAUUGGCUUUGAAGAUGAUGAGAAAGUUCACAAACAAGAUGGAAUUGGUUAGACAUGGAGUGACAAGGUUUGUUACUUCAUUUCUUACUUUGCAGAGGCUGCAUAAUCAGAAAAAUAAUCUUAGAAGAAUGUUCACUUUGGAUGAAUGGAUGAAAACUAAUAUUGCUAAAGGCCGUGAGGUGAAGAGGGCAGCUGACAUUGUUCUUAUGCCUUCAUUUUGGAAUGAUGCUGUUUACAUCCUUAAGGCUAUGCGGCCUAUUGUGCAUGUGCUUAGGCUAUUUAAUAAUGAGAAAAAGCCUGCAAUGGGUUACCCUUAUAAAGCAAUGGAUAGAGCCAAGGAGACAAUUCAAAGUUCUUUCAAGGGAACGAAGAAAAGUACAAAGAAAUAUUUGCAAUCAUUGAUAGAAGAUGGAAAUGUCAACUCAAUCAUCCAUUGCAUGCAGCAGGUGCAUUGAGAGGCUUAGUGAAAAUAACGAACUUGUAGAUAAGAUUUUAAGCGAGUUGUCUAUGUAUAAGAGGGAAGAAGGCCUCUUUGGGUUUAAAGUGGCAAUAAGGCAAAGGACUACAGUAGCUCCUGCUGACUUGUGGAGGAACUUUGGAUUCCAUACUCCAAAUCUUCAAAAGCAUGCCAUUAAGGAUACUGUCAAAACUGCAGGCGGAGAGAUUUCUGGUGAAGGGAUCAUUGAGACAUUUCAUAAUGAUGAUGAAGCACUGGCUGCUGUGGACAAUGGGGUUGUGGUUGUGGAUCUUUCACACUUUGGUCGGAUAAGAGUCAGUGGAGAAGAUCGCAUUCAGUUCCUUCACAACCAGAGUACUGCAAACUUCGAAUCUCUACACGAAGGACAAGGAUGUGACACUGUUUUUGUAACACCAACAGCUCGAACGAUAGAUAUCGCACAUGCAUGGCUCAUGAAAAAUGCGAUAACAUUAGUGGUUUCACCAGAGACCUGUACAACCAUUACUGAAAUGCUGAACAAGUACAUAUUUUUUGCUGAUAAGGUAGAGAUUCAAGACAUAACUAAGCAAACCAGUUUUUUUGUUUUGGUGGGACCCAAAAGUGGCCAAGUGAUGGAGAACUUGAACCUUGGUGAUCUUGUUGGAAAACCAUAUGGCACACAUCUACAUUUUAAUGUUGAUAAGCAGCCUAUAACUAUAGGGGUUGGAAACAUCAUUUCGGAAGAUGGUUUUUCAUUAUUGAUGUCUCCAGCCGCUGCUGCAUCCAUUUGGAAAGCUAUUCUUAGUCAAGGAGCAAUCCCAAUGGGUUCUAAUGCAUGGAAUAAAUUACGGAUUAUUCGAGGAAGGCCCACUCCCGGAAUGGAGCUUACAAAUGAAUUCAAUGUCCUGGAGGCCUGUCUAUGGAACUCGGUUUCUCUAAACAAGGGUUGUUACAAAGGUCAGGAGACUAUAUCUAGGCUCAUAACAUAUGAUGGAAUCAAGCAGAGGUUAUGGGGAUUUCAUCUUUCUGCUGCUGCAGAACCUGGCAGCAUUAUAACAGUUGAUGGGAAAAAGGUUGGAAAGUUAACCAGCUACACAUCUGGAAGGAAGCAAUCUGAACACUUUGGAUUAGGUUACAUCAAGAGGCGAGCUGCUUCGGAAGGAGACACUGUAAUUGUCGGUGACAACAUCAAGGGAACAGUGGUGGAAGUACCUUUUCUUUUGCAGCAGCGUCCACCAUCUGGUAGUUGAGCUUCCUGUGUGGUGGCGCUUAUUGGUGUUGUUGAAGAAGCAGAUGCAUAAUACUAGUAAAUUAGUUAAACUGUUAGUGAAGGUGUUUUUGUUAUCUUUAUCAUGUUUGUGGCGAAUUAGUACAUCUGUGGUGAAUAGCACCAAUCUUGGAUAAGAAUACAUCUUUUGCUUCUGUUCUUAUCUUCUUGGAGGCUGCCUCCUUUUCCAGGGUACUCUCGAAUGACCUUUCUACAGUCCUACCAGAAGAAUUAGAAUGAAGCAGCCUGAGUCCAUUCAACAUAGGAGUCUCAAUAACUUUCCCAAUUUGUGACCAUGUCUUCUAAACCAACGGUGUUUCGUUUCGCCAAUUUGGCUAAUUUUCCCAAUUUGGCCAAUUAAGACUACAGCAGCAGCCCUUUGACACGCAGUUUGUUCCUUGUCUCCAACCUGCUUCUCUUCAUUCUUUAGAAAUUGGAAUGUUAUCUUGUAGAAUUAGAAUACAAAAUUUUGCUACGUUAUUCUUAGCCAAAACCUUGAAUUAAUUAAGAAUAUCAAUUUGGGUUGACAAGCUUGCUUGCUUGCCUGAAUACCAAUUUUAGAAGUCA